AUGUCAUCAGAAGAAUUUAAAGCCGAAGGUAAUAAAUACUUCGCUGCUAAGGAUUUCGAAAAAGCUAUUGAAUAUUUCACUAAAGCCAUUGAUGCAUCUCCUGAACCUAAUCAUGUAUUAUAUUCAAAUCGUUCAGCUAGUUAUGCAUCAUUAAAGAAUUUCCCAAAAGCUUUAGAAGAUGCUGAAGCUUGUGUCAAAACCAAUGCUACAUGGGCUAAAGGUUAUAAUAGAGUUGCUGCUGCUCAUUAUGGUUUAGGUAAUUUAGAUGAUGCUAAACAACAAUAUGAAAAAGCUUUACAAUUAGAUUCUAAUAAUGCUAUGGCAAAAGAUGGUUUAAAAUCAGUUGAAAAUGCCAUUCAAUCAAGAAAUGCUCAACCUGAUAUGGGAUUAGGUGCUAUUUUCUCUGAUCCAAAUUUAAUCACCAAUUUAAAGAAUAAUCCAAAAACAAAAGAAUUAAUGAAAGAUCCUGAAUUAGUUAAUAAAUUAGUUCAAAUUCAAACUAAUCCAAAAGCUAAUGCCACUCAAUUUUUAUCUGAUCCAAGAUUAAUGACAAUUAUGGCUACUUUAAUGGGUAUUGAUAUGGAUGCUCCUGAACCUCCAAUGCCUUCAUCAUCAAAACCUGAAGAACCAUCUCAACCAAAAUCUCAACCAGAACCAAAAUCCGAACCAAAAUCUCAACCAGUUCCAAAAUCUGAAUCUGUACCAAAAUCUCAACCAAAGGAAGAAAAAGUCGAAGAAGAUGUCGAAAUGUCUGAUGGUGAAAAGGAAACUGCUGAUCAAUUAAAAGCUGAAGGUAAUACUUUAUAUAAAGCUAAAAAAUUCGAUGAAGCCAUUGCCAAAUACAAUUCUGCAUGGGAAACCUUCAAAGAUAUCACCUAUUUGAAUAAUAGAUCAGCUGCUGAAUAUGAAAAAGGUGAUUAUGAUGCUGCUAUCAAAACUUGUAAUUUAGCUAUUGAUGAAGGUAGAGAUAUGAGAGCUGAUUAUAAAUUAAUUGCUAAAGCUUUUACUAGAUUAGGUAAUACUUAUUUGAAAAAAGGUGAUUUACAUGAAGCUGCUAAAUAUUUCGAUAAAUCAUUAACUGAACAUAGAACUCCUGAUGUUUUAAACAAAUUAAGAUCAACUCAAAAGGAAAUUAAAGUCAAAGAAGCUCAAGAAUAUAUCAAUCCUGAAAAAGCUGAAGAAGCUAGAUUAGAAGGUAAAGAUUAUUUCACCAAAGGAGAUUGGCCAAAUGCUGUUAAAGCUUAUAGUGAAAUGAUUAAAAGAGCACCAGAAGAUGCUAGAGGUUAUUCUAAUAGAGCUGCUGCAUUAGCUAAAUUAAUGUCAUUCCCUGAUGCUGUGCAAGAUUGUAAUAAAGCUAUUGAAAAAGAUCCAAAUUUCAUCAGAGCUUAUAUCAGAAAAGCUAACGCACAAUUAGCUAUGAAAGAAUAUGCUUCAGUCAUGGAAACUUUGAAUGAUGCUAGAGAAAAGGAUAUGGAAUUAGGUGGAAAGAAUUUAAGUGAAAUAGAUCAAUUAUAUAACAAAGCUAAUAGUUCAAGAUUCCAAGGUAUUGAAGGUGAAACUCCAGAACAAACCAUGGAAAGAGUUUCCAGAGAUCCAGAAAUUGUUAAAAUCUUACAGGAUCCUAUAAUGCAAGGUAUUUUAGGUCAAGCAAGAGAUAAUCCAGCUGCUUUACAAGAACACAUGAAAAAUCCUGAAGUUUCUAAAAAGAUUAAUAUGUUAAUUGCUGCUGGUGUUAUUAGAACCAGGUAA